GCCUGUCGCCGGCUGUCGCCGCCUGUCGCCACGCCGCAGAGCCGGCCGGCCGCCGCUCGCCGCCUGCCAUGGAGCCCUAGGAGCGUGCGGCGGGAGGGGCGGCCGCGCUUCCCCGGGGACGAGGACAGCGCUCCCGCAGCAGAGGCAGCGCCGAGAUGGCGGACAGCGCCGCGGCCACCGCCGCCGCCCCCGCCGCUAAGGGCGGCAGCUCGGCGGGGCACUGGUGGAAGUCGCUGACCGGCGGCAAGAAGAAGCACAAGGAAGCGGCGGCCGCCCCCUCCCCGCCGCCUCCCCCCGCCGCCCCCGGCCCUCGGGAGGGCGCGACGCCCCCCUUCGGCAGCGGGGAGGCCCCGGGGACUGGGGCUGGCGGCGGAGCCCGGCGGAGCCUCCGCGUGUCGCACUCGGGGCGCUUCAAGGAGACGCGCAAGGCGCGCACCCCGCUGCUGGCCGACAGCCCCCAGGUCUUCAACGGCGGCGACCCCGGCCGCGCCGCCCCGGGGGGCCAGUAGCCACGGCGGGGGACUCGCCCCGCCGCUUCGCCCCGCUC